GAGUACGGACUCGGCGUGGGGUCUUUUAACCUAAUCCUCAGAAUGUUGAAAAGUGAUCUUGAAAGUUCUACCUCCAGAGUCAAGUCACAUGUUACCAGCGCAGACUUCCACUCCCGCAUUUCACAAGUUUUGUCGACGAUUGCAAACGAGGACGAAGAUGGAAUGCGUACUCUCAAUGAGCUUGCUAUUCUUCCUCUACGAAAUGGCGAAUGGGUGCCUAUUAACAGCGGUCCGGUAUACUUACCAAAGACUGGUGAAAUAGACAUCCCGGCUGACGUCGAUCUUCGCAUCUUGGAUCCAGCAGCGGUUGCCAAUGAAGACCGCAGAGCGCUUUUCAUACAUUUGGGAGCCGUGGAGCUGUCGGUUAGUGCAGUUCGAUCUGCAAUACUGGCGAAUUAUAGACCCUUGUGCAACGGGGUUUGCAUCGAAGAUUCGAGAGUUCAUCUGCGUUACUUGUAUCUGACACACGAUCGUCGUCAGAUUGAAGAAGAUUUCUGCAAUGUUUGUGUUUACUGCGAUCAUGGUACUAUGAAUAAUCCACACGAAGAAGAGAUCUACCUCCCGCACAGCCAUCCAUAUGGACCAAAGGCCCUCCUAGGGCCAACGGAGUACUCCCAGGGCAUGGAAGUAUUGCUCAUGGAUUCAACAUAUUUUGAGAGCAUUCCAUCAAGGCCUCAUUCAGACUACCCAUCGUGGCGAGCAUGGUUAGUCACUUCACUUGGAAUUCGCGAACGACUAAGUCUUGUUUCAUCCGAUGGUGAUUCUCUUUCAGACAGCUGGACCUAUAUCGCGGAAACUUGCCCGGGAAAGCUUCUGGGACUGUUGCAGUACCUCUGGAAAUAUCAAAGCUCCGAACUGCGCCAAAAUGCUGAUCUCAUCAUGGAAAUCCAAAGCAUGAAUGCAAGAAGGCUUUGCAACAUGGACCUGCCUGAUGACUGUCAGCUUGACGAAACAUAUUUGCCUCUAUCCAACCUUCGGGCGCUUUGUCAUCGUUUUAUGGAGGAAGAUGAACCUUUCCCGUUCCUAUACCUUGAAGAACUUCCAGAUGAGGAACUCUACUCCAAGUGGAUUUUUCUUCACAACGAUUUCUCAGUCGGAAAGGACGACGACAUGGGUUUUCUGCUUAAUGUGCUGUAUUGGAUCCAGAGCGCCAACCCUGAUGAAUCCGCACUUACCUCGUAUGAGCGAGUAUGGGAUUUGUAUAUUGCAAUUGGCGCAAAGCAUCUUGCUGCCGAGGACAGAGUGGUCGCUGGAGACAAAAUUAAGUUAUUUUUUUCAGACGGUGACUACAUUUUCGUUCCUGAACUCCAAGAGGAUGAUCCUUACGAUGCAGCAUGGGCCGGUCUUGAGCAAUGCCUAUGGGACGCACCACCAAAUAUGAUUUCCAAGUAUUCUCUCAAAUACGUCUUCGAGCAAGUUGUCGGAGAAGGUCAACUCGAACAUCUUUCACAAUUCUUCAGGCAUAUAUUGAGCAUUCCAGAUGCCUCAUGGCGCGAAUUUGAGGAUGAAAGCCUGAUUUUUGUGAUCACAAACGGCGAACCCGGUUGGUACAAAAUCUCCGAGUGUUUGUGGUCAAGUACUACAGAUAUACGUGGGAAGGUCACCCUGAAUGACCAUUACGAGGACUUGAAAGAUUUCUUUAUCGAUACUUUAGGGGUCAACACACUCACCCUUCGGAUGGUAUAUGAUGAGCUGUUAGAAACAAGCUCGGAGUCAGCAAUCGACGAGACGAAAAGUAAGAUCUGGUCUCUCAAUGCUCUCCUUCUAACAGACGGAGAUUAUGUUGACCCAGAUUUACUGCUGGAAAGAUCGGUGUUUCCUGUCGUUUAUCCAGAUGGAACGAAAGGACUCACGUCUGCUGCUACGGAGUUCGCGAUUCCUGACCGGGAACACCUGGCAUCACAAUUUAGAGGCAGGAUCAAGAUUCUUGACUUCAGUCUCGAAGAAGUGCGUCGUCUGAAAGGUUUUUUUGAGUGGACAAAUCUCACACAUCGCUACUUAUCUGCAUCCAUCAAGGAGUUGACUUCCUUCUCUGGCGAGGCAACGCAACUAAUUUCAGCGCCCCACCGGGACUUGAGAAGAAAGGCUCAUGCAAUCCUCCGAUUGCUCAUGUCCCUUCUAUAUGCCAGAGUCGCGGCCACAUUCAAUAGCCCGAGGUAUUGUACGAAUCCAUCGGGGCUGUACGAGUUGCUUCGGACGGCCAGGAUUGAAGCCACGGAUGGAGUUUUUUCAAUUCUGAGAAUCUCCCAAGAUGGCGUCGUGGCGGAUGUUGAAGAAUUGAUUGGAAAAUUGCACAUCAGUGAAGAGCCAUCUGGUCUCGUUGUUUAUGUGCCGAAAGACAAAAAGGCCCAAGAACUUUGCUUCUGUGACCUUUUGCCUAAGCACCUGCUCGAUUGGCUCAUGCGGGAUCCGGCCACUCAAAUUCCUGACAACAUCGAAAGCAAUGCAGUAACUGUAAUUUCCAUGGUUUUGAGUAUCGAUCCUUCCGCUAUCGACCUUAUUUUGGAGCGCCAGGGUAUCAUCGAGAUUGACGUGCCCAACGAAGACCCUGGCAUUGACGUUGAUAGCAUUGAUGAUCAAAUAACACCUCAACGGUCACGAAGUCAGGAUCGAUCUGCCGCUGAGGUUCCACUAAUCUCACCGGAUAUUAUCACCCUGUCUCCCCAUCUGAAUCGCCGACCCUCAGGCGCUUCCUCCGAGCAAGUGAUUUUUCGACAAACUGCGAUGGCCUACCAUUCGCCCAACUCCAAUCGCAACCGUCCACCGCUGCUGUACUCGCUACAUGACCAUACAGCGCAGGAAAAUAUGCAGUACCGAACGCUCCUCACUCGGGUGCUUUUGGCUGCGAGACGAGCCACAUUUCCCUCGAGUGGACCGCUCAACAUGAGCGAACUGAAUGAAGCGCUGUCGGGAGAAGAAAUCUGCCAUCGAUUCGAUGACUUCGAUGGCAUUGAUAUAAGGAAUGUGUUCCGCCCAGACAACCAGCACGAAAGAGACAAGAAGAUUGGCGCCGCAGGAGAGUUAUAUGUUUUCGAAUUACUUACACGGCUGGACCCAGCUCUAACAGACUGGAGUGACGUGAAUUGGCAGAGUACAAUUCGUAGAUAUGUCACAAUCCACCCGGACUAUGCCAACAUGAAACCUUGGUAUGGGGGAGAGACAGCAGACAUUGCAUAUGACGAUACCGAGGGCAUUUUCACGGCCCUGCUCAUUGAUCACGGAUAUUUUGACGCUGAAGAAUGGAGGGACAAGCAUCCGAAAUAUUACAUUGAAGUCAAAACGACCACAGGGCCUUUGAGAACACCUUUCUACAUGAGCAAGUAUCAAUAUGAAAGAAUGCGGGCAGUGCACAACAGGAGCGACCAUUCAGAGGUAUACAUGAUUCUACGCGUGUUUGGUAUAUGUGGGGAUAACAUUGGCAUGAGCGUGUAUCUUGACCCGGAACAGUUGAGGUUGGAUGGAGGACUUAUAUUUACUGGGGAGACUUGGUCAGUCGUUCCCGGCUAG